AUGAGCACACCGCACGCUUCGCCACCAUCGGUGGAUGACAUAUUCCGCUAUCGAUAUCAGCAUGGCACAAAUGUGGGACCCAUCUUUAUGCAUGGACCAUGGCUGGACAACAACGCCUUUGAGACGGAUCUCAACAGCACGAGGGAACUGGGGGAGAUAAAACGUUCGAUUGAGACAAAAGGGCUUGACGAAACUCGAUCGGACUGGGAGUCUCACUGGCGGACAGCACUGACCGAUGAUGACCUCGUAUGGCUCAGAACCGUCGCUAAAUGCAAUUCUAUACGGUUACCCGUUGGGUUUUUCACAUUUGGUCCUGUGUUCUGCAUAGGGUCACCUUUCGAAGGGGAGCCAUCUCAGGUGUAUAACAACUGCUGGAACACUGUGAGACAUCUGCUCAGGAAGUGCUACGACCACGGUAUCGGUGUCUUGAUUGACUUCCAGACAAUCCCGGGACGGUCUCAAGGUCGUGAUCGUACCGGUAAUGAGACAACUGUUGAUGCUUGUCCGAGUUCCAGUAAUUGGAGCCUAGCUAGAGACUGUGUCGCUUUCAUCGUCCAGGAAGUGACUUUUCAUGCCAUGAGUGAGGUGAUUGGUGUGCAAAUAUCGAGUGACACGGACUGGAAGACGUGUGAUCUCGAAAAAUGGUAUGAUGAGGUCCUCGAAAUCGCGAGCUCCAUCAAUCCAUCCUUGCCGAUGUUUAUCAGCGAUGGUGGAGAUCUUUCUGCAGCGCUAGAUCUUGCCAUGUCGAAGAACCAGUUUCCGACGCGUGUAGGAAGAAGCCCCAUUGUCGUGGAUACUCACCGGUAUUAUACUGCCGAAAAAUAUCGCUCUAUGGACCCGAUGUCCGUCAUUCAACAAAUACCAAGUGAGCUCGCAGAGCUUGAGGCUCGUCAGAAGAAUGUUGUUGCUCAGGGUACAGCUGUGGAUGUGUACGUGGGCGAGUACAGCUGCGCAAUGCACCCCCAAAGCUGGUCUUGUGCGAAAGCUUCCGAAUAUCCUUCUUUAAUGAGAACCUUUGGCCAGGCGCAAGGAAAGCAGUGGGCGUCGAAAGCCUGCGGAUCCGCGUUUUGCGGCUUUAAGAUGCAUGGACUUGGCGGCGACGCUUGGAAGCUCGAACAGCAAGUCGAUGCAGGUAAUAUUUCUGCUCCAGUUUGGCUCGCACUCCCACAAACGCGAAUUCAAAAAUUACUACAGCAAGCAGAAUCUCAGAGGGAACACGUUCGCGGAGGAUCAUUGUCACACGAGUCAAGCCUCUUGAGUUCCUCAGAAUGUCACUAUUAUGAACUGGGAUGGGACACUGGAUUCAGCGAUGCAUUAAACUUCUUCGGCGCAGUAUCUCAUGGCAUCAUACCUGGUGGUGGCGAAGGAGGAGACAGGAUUGGAGCUCUUGAGUUGUGGAUUCGAAAGCGAAUUUCUAGAACAAAUUCGCUUGAUAAACAGCUCGGAAGGGCCUGGGAGAAAGGUUUAAGGAAAGGUGUGGACGAUUUCUACAAGAUAGUCCGCAUCUAA